AUGGCUCGUGAUCGUGUCUCCCGCCGUGCCCGUCAAAGAGGUGGUGGAUAUGACCCCGUCCCCAUCCCCAUUGGGGUUAACGACAGCGGCAGACCCAUGGUCCGCUGCUCUUCCUGCGGAGACCGUCUUCAGAAAUACAGUUGGGCCGGACACAAGCUGCUGCACAACACAGAGACACACCAGUGUCCGCACUGCGACACCGUCACCUCUCGCGCGGACGCGCUGCAGGACCAUCGUCUGACCGCCCACGCCGACUACACCGACAGAGAGUACCUGCGCGGCACCACCAACCCCAAGGUCCUCAAGCGCUUCGUCGUGCAGAUCUUGCGCGACCACGAGGUCAUCCCCGAUCUUGCCCAUCUCACCGAGAAGAUCAGCGCGCUGAAGGAGAAGGAGAAGAAGGCCAGAAUCAUUGUCCAGGGCUGGAAGCCGAACCACUGCAUCGAUCUUACCUAUGUCGGACCUACUGUGGGCGAAAUUGCGCACAUGAAGCGUGACGUGUUGGUGGACUUGUGUAUUCUUCACCGCCAGAUGCUUGCACAGGACUGGGAUGGUGCGAACAAGGAGGUGGACGGGAUUCUCGCAACCGUUUAG